AUGCCGAAUGUGUGCGACACAUGGUAUUGGACAGAGUGUGAGGAGAAAUCGUGUUGUGAGAGUUACAGAUUUCGACUAAUCCUUCUCCUUUUGUCCGUUCUGACAUUGGUUGCCGCAGUUGUUGUCAUCAUUGCUUGGUUGAUCUUCGAGAUGAGACCGGCGAGGCGAAAUCGAUUAAGGAGAGGCGAUGGUGAAACGGAUAAAAUCGCGAGGCAGAGCUUCGAGGAAACGAAAUAUUUGAGGAGAUUCUCCGAGUUGAACCCGUUGGCGGCUCGGCGGCACUCGUUUGGCGAAGAGGACAGU